AUGGUAGGAGACGAUGAAGAGGGUUCCGUAAAUUUAUCACAAGAUGCCUCCGUUUUACAUUUGGUUCUUGACUCUUUUUUGAAUUCAUCUUCAAAUUGGCCAAAAAUGGAUGUGACACCUAAAUCGCUAAUGACCGCAGUUGGGAAUCUUCCCAGUGACCAACCAUCUCGUGUUUGCUUACAAAUGGGAGUUUAUGGGGAUUGUGUGAUUGAGAACACUGCCUCAUGUCUUUUUCUUUCUGAAGUUUCCCUUGAUGACGCGGCUCAAGUUUCAGUAGAUGGUGAAAAUGAUUGUAUUCUUGAUGAGAAAAAGAUGUCUAUGAUGGCAGUAUUUCAUGAACCUAUUAAAAUUUAUGCCCGAGCACCCCUGACAUUUCACUCGGUUUGGUUUGGGAAUCUUGUUGAGGUAGUGGGAGAAGGACCGGUAUUUUUUUCUCAGUGUAUAUUUGGAGCAUCUCCGAAAUGCGUACGGAAUGAUUUUUCAUCAUCACCUUAUGCGAGUGUACAACUCUUACUUGAUGGAGUGUGCACUUUUUCAGAGUGUGAUUUUAGUCAUAUUUGUGGGUUAGUGGGUUUUGCAGGAAAUUGUGAGGUACCUGCUUUAAAAGCUUCUGGCCAUACAAAGUUAAAAAUUAUUAACUGUAGUUUUUCAGGUCCUGGUGUAGUAUCUACUGCUAUAGCUUUAUUGGAUUCUGCAACACUUGAGGCUGAUUAUAUGACUGUUGUACGCUGUGGUGGCCAUGGUUUAAUUGUUGGUGAUAGAAGUAAUGCCGUAGUACUCCGUAGUGUUUUUUAUAGUAAUGGCGGAGGUGUAUGGGUGAAAGAAAAUGGUAAAUUAGCAAUUCGAGACUCAAGUUUAGAAAUGGUUCAAAAUGGUCAAAGCAGUCUUCUUCUUACCGAUCAUAGUCGUUGCUCUGUUCAUGAUACUGCCUUAUCUUCUUGUGCUGUAGUACCACAGUCAUCAGGAAGAUCUAUUGUGAUGAUUCGUGAUUAUGCACAUCUUUCAUUGACGUCAUGUGAUUUGUUUUGGGUAAAAAACAAUGAUUCUGUGGAAAGAUCGCAACAUAAUCAACACCAAAUGUUUUACAGUGUUCUUGUCGCGGGUCGCGAACGUGAUCACACGGAGGAUGCUGGACUUUUUCAUAUAGUGCUAAGAGAAGGAAGUAAAACGACACUUACUCGUUGUAUCCUUCGUUUACCAUUGAUGGAUGAAACGGAUAAUCAAUGCGCUUCUGCUGGUAUACUUUUACGUAGUAUUCCUCAAACCAAUGGUCUUCCUUUAUAUGCUGUAGAAAAUACAGUUUUAUAUGGAUAUCCUAUUGAUACAAACACUCCUGUAGUAAAAAAUGAACCAAAUUUAGCUCAAUUACAACUUAUGUGUGGGCUUGUAUUACCUAGUUCAAGUAAUGAAGAUCAAGUAACAGCUAUACAAGGUGUAACAUCAAUGUGGAUAUAUAGCAAUCAUUUUCUUAAAUCAGAUCAAAAACCACUAAAAGAUGCAUCUUUGGCAUGUAGUUCUUACGAUAUGUACUGUAAAGUGACUGGAUUAUCACCUAUUCCCCUUGAUACUAUCACUAACAGUGAUCUUGCUUCUUAUCGCACCAUUUCAUCCCUUUCAGCAUCACCGUUGGAACGACAAAAUGGUGUCAUGAAAAGAUCAGCAUUGGACGUUAGGAAUGCAACCGCAACGGAUCUCUGCUCAACAAUUGGUAAAAGUCCUCCGCAAAUAGAUGAUACAUGCUCAAGAAAAAGUUAUGGUGACCGUCAAAGCAAUUCAAGAGUAGCGAAUAGUAGUGCUACAAGUCUCACCUGUUACAGUGCUGAUGAUGAUGAUGAUGAUUUUGUUGUUGCUGCUGUUGUUGAUGCUAAAAAUACUACUACUACUACUGUUAAUACUACUGUUAAUAAUAAUAAUAAUAAUAAUAAUAAUAAUAAUAAUAAUAAUAAGAAUGAUGGUGAAAGCAACCAUAACGCCAUUGAACUUUUACAACCACCGCCCCUACCAGUUCCUCCACCACAGCCUCCAAAACAGCAAAAAGAAAACAAAGAUGAGGGUACUAAAGAAAUUAUUACCGAACGCUUGGUUCAAAAAGUUAGCAGCUCUUCUUUAGCUACAUCCAACAUCCCGACAAAGUCUUUUCAAGUAAGUCCAUUACCUCGUGAAAUGUGUAAGAUUCAAUCGGAUACAAAACAAUCUACUGAUACAGCAGGUGAAACAUUAACUAUAGAAUCACGUACCAGUAAUUAUGAAGACUCCGAAACUGAAAAUCCGACAUCAACGACUGUUAAGGUGGCUUCGUCUUCGCGUUUCUCAGUGACAUCUCAGAGAGGUAAUAAUAAUAAGAAAAAUAAUGAUAAGAAAAAUAAUAAUAAUAAUAAUAAUAAUAAUAAUAAUAAUAAUAAUAAUAAUAAUAAAAAGUCUUUGCCUACCUCAUCUGAGAAUAAAAAACGUUUAGCUAAAUCUUUCUCUAAUGUUUCGCAACGAGAUGGUAAAAAAUCCCAAUUACGAAAGACUGAAAGAAUUGUUUCAGGUAACCGAACUGAAACAGAGACCUUUUCACGAUACCGAAGGCCAAAUAGUACACGUCCUUCUAAUAAAGUCAAAAAGACUAGGGUUGUAAAUGAAGAACGAACUCCAUCAGCAAUUACAACGACUGAUGUUCGGUAUUCUUCUGAGUUUUUUCCGUAUCAACCCUUAUCUUCUAAUCGUCGUAGACCAUCUACUAACCUUGAAAAAGCGCCAAAUGAUUGUAGACUCGAUAAUGGUGCUGGCGUUAAUGAUGAAACGGGUAAUACUUGGCCAUGGGAUGUGAAAUUGUUACGGAAUAUGCUGCACAAAAAGUUAGGACUAUAUUCUAGUCUUGAUGAGUACGAAAAGGCUUUCUACGCAAAGGAAAAUAAUGAAGGAUCUUCCACUUACAGUACUAGAGAUGAAGAAGAAGAUAGACGGUACAAAAGGCGAAUCACACCACAACGCAUAGGUGUGGAACCAUUGCCAGGAGAGAUACGUGAACGCCGCAUUUUUUCACCGCAUCGUAGUACAAAGUCAGGGAUGUCUUCAUUGGGAUCCUCUCUUAGCCGUGGAUAUCGUCCAUAUCAUUCUUCACGUAGAGAAGGCGGAUGGGCUACUUCACGUUUAUAUGAUGAUUUUUGGAGUAAGUGGCAUAAAACUCAGCUCUUUACGGAGUUGCUAAAUGAGCUUCGACGUGAUCAACGGGAACGUGAACGACUUUCACAGGGAGAAAUGGAAAAUCAGGUGCGACGCAUGUAUGGAGCGCCAACACGUGGACGACGGGGUAGUAACAGUGAACGAGUGGCUGGUGCGGCUCGUAACUACGUCCUGCAACAGAGGAACUCUCGAUAUAAUCAAAGUGGAUUAAGACCUCAAGGAAAGACAGAGGAUGCCGAAAAUGCUUUAUUUUUUCCCCAAACCCCCCGUGAAGGGGGUGAGAGAGGCGGCGGUAUGAAUGGCAGAGAUGGACAACGUACGCGGGAGUGCACCGGGAACAAUGGUGCGACUUAUCGUCGUAUGGCUCCACCGUCACGAGUAUCUCCAGUAGGAUCAUCAAAAACAUUAACAACAUCAACAACAACAAAUGCGAUAACAAAAGUGACACCACCUCUUGGGCAUCGGGUGGGAAAUUCCAGACCUCACAGGAAUUGUUAG